UUCCAUCAUUUCAUCAGAGUACUCAGCUCUCACAUCGUAAGUCCAUAAGAAUGAAAUCAGAGUGCUCCUCUCCUUCCCACUCGCAUGUCCCUUCGCACUGUGGCAGCAUUCAUGAGUCCAACUUCUUCGAUCAAUCACACUUUGCUAUGUAUAAAAGCUCUGCGAGUGUUCAGUUCCACCACCUGUUCGACCAUUUGCCUCACCGAAACCAAGGUUGAAGUUGAAGAUGAUAAAAGCAAAUGGACUGAUGCUACUGAACUUUUGAGCAAAUGGGGUUGCAGUGAUGAUGAUUUGGUGAGAAUAUUCUCGCGCUGUCCCUCUUUGCGCAAUGCUGAUCCCUCGAUGGUUCAGUCUAAACUGUGCCUGCUUAGUGAUUUGGGCUUGCGUGCUUCUCAACUUGUGAAGAUUGUCAAUUGUAGACCACGAUUUUUCCAGAGUCGGAGUAACUCUAGUUUAGAAGAGCGGAUUGAACAUCUUACAUCAUUGUUUGAGUCGAGGGAUGUGCUUCAGAAGGCCAUUGUGAGGAACCCUUCAUUGCUGCUAUCGGAGGGUCGCUGUAAUGUUAAGGCCACAGUUGAGCUCUAUGAGAAGUUGGGUGUUAAGAAAGGGGACUUAAUUCAGAUGCUGCUUUUGCGGCCCACGGUUAUUUCAAGGACUUCCUUUGAUGCUGAGAAGCUGGAAUAUUUAAGCAAAACUGGGAUUGCUAAGGAUUCAAAGAUGUAUAAAUAUAUGGUGACUUUAAUUGGAAUCUCUCGCGUAGAAACUAUCCGGGAGAAGGUGGCGAAUUUCACAAAGUUUGGGUUUUCUGAAGAGGAGAUAUUUGGUCUUAUGGGGAGGUCUCCUAAUGUUUUGACAUUGUCGACAGACAAGGUUCAGAGGAACAUGACUUUCAUUUUGGGUACGAUGAAGCUUGAUGCUAAGAUGGUUCUAAAGCAGCCGUAUUUAUUGUAUGCCAACGUGGAUACUGUUUUGAAGCCAAGAGUUCUACUAGCAUUGAAGAUUCAAGAUAUGGAUUCAAAGUGGCAAAUCAUAGGACCAACGAUAGUAAGUUUGCUUAGGAUGCCAGAGAAGAGAUUUUUGGACUUGUUUGUCAAAUGCCAUGGCGAGGAUGUUGCCAAUGAAUUGAUGGAUUUCUAUAAAAGGACAAAAGAGGUUAAGAGAUUAGGAGAUUCAUCAAAGAAGUGCAGUAAGAGAGGAUUCCCUUUCUGAAAUGUGAAUUACUUUCAUGUGCUAAAAAGUUAUUUUGGAGCUGAGAUCCAUAUCCACUUUUGGGUUAUGCCGUUAUUGAAAAUUAUUUGUGUGACAUUUACUAUGCUUAUUUCUGUCUAUUAGAUUUUUAAUGAAGAUUUUUCCUAUCUAGUGCAAUUUUGUGCGGCAAAAUCAAGAAAAGAUGUAGGCAAUUGAUUUGCGUAUAAUAUGUUUUAAAGAGUAACCUUACAGAUAUAAUAUUGUUCCU